AUGGGUAUAGUGCCCCUGGAGCGUCUAUCAUUAACUCAUAGCUGUGAUGUUCGGGCUGUAACUGGUGCCACGCCAUUUCACAGCUUGUGUGAGUUUGUUGCAUGGGCGAAAUCGAGAGAGAGGGGGAAUUUGUGCGCUCAGGUUGGAGAAAUAGACAAAGUUGUUACUUUGUACGAUGGACGCAUCUGGAUUUAUGGAAAAGGGAAGGUUGCAACCAUCGUCGUCCCCAUCAGGAAUCCCUUUGCUCUGAAUGCCAUUCUAAGGGAUUGUGAACAUGCGUCUCAUCUUGCCCGCGCCGUCCUAAGUGGCAUCGCGGAGCAAGGUCUGGUUUCCAUUGGCAACUAUGAGACUUUUCUUGCCGAAUAUUUGCAGCGUCGCUAUGUGCUGUAUUCUGAUAAAAACAAAUAUAUUAGAGAGCUUGUUUUUGUUUUGCGGUUUACACUGCUUUCUCACGCCUCAAAUGCAGGUUUUUCACCGAAUGCUUUUUCGCACAGCAACUACGUUGAAGUGGGCAAGAAGGCAACUAAAGCCGUUUCUCCUGCUUCGGCGUUUUGCGAGUCUGAGGAAAAAAAGGGAGACGAAACCGAUCUUAUGCGUGCUGCCAACACAUUUGAAGAAAGGAGGAUGGAGGGUAUUUGCCAACUUGCGGAAUUAAUAUGGACUGCAAUUGACAACGCGUCAUUGUUGUUUCGUGUAAAAGAGUCAAUUUGA